CCAACGUUCAUACACAGACACGUCGCCCUCAGCAGCAUCUGUACGGACGCAUCAUCUCCUGUGCAUCCACAUCUGCAUAAACGUAUCGAGCACUGGCACUGACCGUUCUAUGAACACACGCAUCGUACAUCCCUGCAGUUACAUCCGAUUUUGUUCAGAUCCAUCCAAACACCCUCAGCGCACGCACGGCUACGGCAGCAACCUUCACGCAUAAAUCGCAACCAUACCAUCUGAGCGCCCGCCCAAUCAGAAGCAAUGGGAGGCGACCUCAACUUAAAGAAGUCAUGGCAUCCCCAUCUCAUGAAGAACCAGCAGAAGGUGUGGCAAGAAGAGAAGAAUGCACUUGAGGAAAGGAAACAGAUCGAGAAGUUGAGGAGAGAAAGAGAAGAGGAGCGUGCUAUCGAAGAGUUGCAGAAAAUGCAGGAGGCCGCAGGCGGCAAAGUGGCGCAGAAACGGGUAGACUGGAUGUACUCUGGACCAGGUGCAUCUGGUGACAUGGUCUCCGAAGAGCGCGAGGGCUAUCUUCUCGGCAAGCGACGCAUCGACGGCCUUCUCAAAGGAAAUGACCCAGCCACACAGAGCCUCACGAAAGGCGCCGCUGCAAGCGUGGACACGGCAACUUCCAGCAACGCCAAUUCGACGCGGGACAUCCAGUCAAAGGUCGCGCAGGAUCCACUUCUCCUGAUUCAGAAGCAGAAAAUGGACGCACAGCUGAAAAUGCUUAGAGAUGCACAACAGAAAGCGAAAUACGAAGAGAAGCGCCAGAAGGAGCGAGAAAAGGAGAAGAAGCACAAACAUAGGCACAGCCGAAGAGACCGAUCGAGGUCGCGAGACUCGUCCGAUGACCGGGAACGGAGACGCAGGCACAGACACCGUUCGCGGUCAAGAGAUUACGGCGAUGAUCGUGAACGACGGCACAGACAAAGUAGGCGAGAUCGGUCGAGGUCGAGGGGUUCUGCAGAUGAGAGGGAUCGUCGACACCGUAGGAGCGAUCGAUCUCGCUCCCCGCAACGGGUGGGGAGAGACAGGCGCGACGAUCACAAUAGCCAUCGUCAGCGCUCCCCCCGUCGAUACUCCCCGCGUCCGUCAAGACGUGAUGAUCGCAAUCGCAAUUGGAGAUCUCACCAGCAACCCCAGAACGAUACGCGAGCACGAGAGAACCCCACUGAAAGCAAAGAAAAAUCAGAGAGUGCCGCCGAGAAGCUUGCGAAGAUGCAGGCUGAUGCCACCUCGUUAGAAACGCAGCGUAGUGAGAGGGUCAAACUUAUUGAAGCCCAAGAUGCCGAGGAAGAGGAAAGACGUAGAAAGAAUAAGGACGGAAGCCGGAAAUUCAUGUCGAACGUUCGUGAGAAAGCUAUGGAUGGACUGGACUUGGGCGAUGUGAUGACAAGAGGCCAACGAACGUACGCCAGUAUUGAUUAAGAACAUGACGUACCACUGCGGAGGAAACGAUCUUGUUUGCAGGAGUUGGAUUGAUAUUAGCCACCGCUGCCAAAGGCGAUCCCAAAAAUUGAUACCCAGAAGCUUACACUUGCCAGCCACCUUCUGUUCGCUUGAAUCACGAUGUGAUGAUAUCGCAACGGUCACCAGUACAAGGUCUUCCCUCCAUAUCGUCCGCAUCACAAAGAAACAUCGAUCGUAGCAUCCUUUUAGGCCACUAUCUCAUAUUCACGCGAGCUCAUCUUGUCCUUGUAAGUUAAGUUGAGAAGAACCUGCGUGGUAGUCAAUAUUUAUCUACCAAAUUCAAAUCAUUGUUUUGAUAUCGAUUUCCUAUAUUCAAGGACAGAGUACAUGCAUCUUUUCCUUCGCCUUCAAAUAGAAGAAAAC